AUGGAAUCUGGCCAGUGGAACUCAUAUGACAGUUUGGGCGUCGACUUCGGGCUUACUGACGAAGAUCUGGAGUUACUAGACUCCAUUAAUAGGCCGGUUUCAGCUCAACAAGCACCGGACUACCCAAAGCAGUUUGCUCCACCACACGAUGCUCUGACUAGUAGGAAACCCACUCGUCAGAUUAGCAAGGUUGAUUUACAAGAUUCCCCACUGUCUCAUUGGAGUCCUUGCAAGGAGGACAAUGCGCACAUGGACCAGCAGUAUUUGUCUCUGCCCCAGCAUCUCGACAACCCACAGUCAUACGGUGUCCUUGAGCCACAAAACCUCAGAUAUCCUCUUUCAACAGAGAGCCGAGAUGCAGCUUUUGCACUUGUUGUCAAAAUUUGUCAAUGGAAAAACCUCAAUCGAAUCAUGCAAUGUUUCCCAAGCACGAAGCUCUUGGACAGCCUGAUACAUAAUUUCUUCACCCGACACAGAUCAGAAACUGACACUUGGAUUCACGAGCCAACUAUGAACCUUAACCAAGAAGGUCCUGAAAUGAUCUUGACGCUUGCCGCUGCAGGAGCAGUUCUUGCUAAAGUUGAUGCAAUCCAGAGGCUUGGCUAUGCCAUGUUUGAGGUGGCUAGGCUCAAGGUCAAUAGCAGGUUUGAGGAUGACAACACCCUCGCUCGUCAGUUGAAGCAACAACAAAUGUAUACACUCAUUCUACAGAUUGGACUUUGGAGCGGCGACAAACGACGUGUCGAAAUUGCAGAGAGCUGUUUCCAGCCUGUUGUCACGAUGCUGCGGCGAGCCUCACGCUUCAAACACGAAGUCUAUCCCAUUAUCGCUCCCUCGGCGACUGACGAUGAGUCAACCCUUGACCACAAAUGGCGUACAUGGGUGGAGCUGGAAUCCUUUAAAAGGCUCGCCCACUAUGUCUUUAUCCAUGAUGCCCAAGCAUCUGCGUUACGAUCUACAACCCCACUCAUAUCUCACUCGGAGUUCGAUCUCCCUCUGCCGUUCUCACGCAAACUCUGGAAUGCAAAGACCGCCGCCGAGUGGAAAGCCAUAUACAUUCAAGAGGUUCCCCAAUGCCCAUCUACUUCAGUAUCUCUGGCCACCAUCUUGCAAGAUAUCACCACUUUAAGCUCCAUUCCUUGCUACGUCGACUUCCAACUAGCGGCCCUGGCAACCAUGAACGGCAUAUCAAAAAUGAUAGCUGACUGCAACCGGAUACUUCGAGACUCAGGCCGCCAAUGGAGCACUGCGGUCGCGAAUUUAUGGCAGCAAGAACUGGUCCAACUUCUGGAGCAGUUUCAAUUCCUUGCAGUCGAACCUCUCAAGGAUUCACUACCGGCCAUGUCUCUUAUUUACCAAACAGUUUCACUUUCAUUAUAUUUGCCACUUGGUGUUCUCGAAACCUUUUCAGGCAAGGAUGGCGAGGAGCGAUCUUCUGCCAUAUACGAAUCAUUGAUUCAACAUAUAAGCCCGACACAUCUGCGAAAAGCGAGCUGGCACGCGAGUCAGGUGCUACGUAUUGCAAGAUCCAUGCCUCAUGGAUCGCUUGUGGCUUCUCGGGCUGCUUGCGUGUACUUUAGUGCACUGGCCUUGUGGUCUCUUGCCACAGUGUUCUCGUGGAAGGGAAUGAAUAUGGUGACUGGAAACCGCGGCACCGACCAAAUUUUGUUUUUGGAUGGCGAGGAUGACGGCGAUGCACUGCGCCGAUUCAUCGCUUUAGGUCAGGGAAGCCCUGCUCUAUCCUCUGCCGGCCAGUAUGUGCACUUACAAGACCGGGGGGCAGUCAUGCGUCUCUUUCAGCAAUUACUCUGUCCAGAGAAUGGUGGAUAUGCAAUUGAUCAACAAGGGAGGGCUCUCAGUCACGCUUUUACCAUACUGGGACGAAACGGCGACGCGAUAGAUGGAGGAACGGAAGACGACGACGACGACACCCAAUACUAG